CCAGUCGUAAGGUCUUGAGAGAGAGAGAGAGAGAGAGUUGGAGAGAUUUCUCUCUCUCCGACUCUCCAAUUGUAUACGAGUACAAUUCCGCGUGUAUAUUGAAUAAAAGGAGAAUAAUUGGCGCAGGGUUUAAAGGCUUUCAUCUGCUUUCGGUCGAUUUCCUCGAUCUCAAGAAUUUUUGUUAAAGUUAAUUUGCUUUUGAAGAUCUGCGCUUAUGCAUAGGGAUAUUCAGGGCUUCUCACUUUCAUUCAUUCUCAAGCUGUUUUGAGAUUAAUGUGCGAUGCAGAAAUCACGUAAAUCUCUUCUGCAAAAGAGAGCUUUGGAGAAGAUUAUUGAUGCAAAGAAUCGAUUGUUUACUGUUUCUCUGUCUUUGCUGUUUCUUUUCUGGGGAAUUGUCUUCUUACUGACUAUAUGGAUCAGUCAUGGUGAUGGAUAUGAUCAUGAUGGAUCUAACGAUUAUUUCACGACUUGUGAGGCUUUGCAAGAGGUUGAGGAUGGAUUUAACCAGAGCUCAUCUCCUUUAAAUGAAAUCAAUAUUCCUGUAAUGGAUGCCAUGCUUAAGGAGUUUGAUGAAAAUCAAAACAGUACAAAUGGGGAAGAGAGUAAUAUUGAUUCCUCAUCUGAAAAUGAUGUUAAUCCCAUAUUAGACAAAGUUCUUCUUGAAAAGGAUAAGGUUUCUCGUACAGUGUUUCCUGGACUUGAUGAAUUCAAGACUACUGCGUUUAACUUCAAGAGUAGAUCCGUAGCCGGUAAAGUUGGAAGUAUAAUUCAUCGGCUGGAGCCUGGUGGUGCAGAAUACAAUUAUGCAUCAUCUUCAAAAGGAGCAAAAGUUCUUGCUCAUAAUAAAGAAGCAAAAGGUGCCUCGAGUAUUUUAUCGAGAGAAAAGGAUAACUAUCUUCGUAAUCCUUGUUCAGCCGAUGAGAAAUUUGUCAUCAUAGAACUUUCGGAAGAGACAUUAGUGGAUACAAUCGAAAUAGCCAAUUUCGAGCACCACUCUUCGAAUUUGAAGGAGUUUGAAUUGCUAGGAAGUUUAGAUUAUCCAACACAUUCAUGGGUAACACUUGGAAAUUUCACAGCUGGAAAUACUAAACAUGUUCAAAGGUUUGUUAUUCUCGAGGAGCCCAAAUGGGUGAGAUACCUUAAGUUGAAUAUUUCUUCGCAUUAUGGCUCUGAAUUUUACUGUACUUUGAGUUUUCUUGAGGUGUAUGGUGUGGAUGUUGUUGAAAAAAUGCUGGAGGAUCUUAUAUCGGUUCAGGAGCAGAAACAAUUAACAACUUCCCAAACACAGUAUAGUGAGGCCGAUGGUGUUGAUUUUGUUGAUGGGAAAAGUGAAGAAGUACGUCGGCAACAGCAGAUGGGUAGAAUUCCGGGUGAUACUGUUCUUAAGAUUCUGAUGCAAAAAGUUAGAAAUUUGGACAUGAGUUUCUCGGUUUUGGAGAAUUAUCUUGAGGAAUUGAAUUUGAGAAAUGGGAAGAUUUUUGCAGAAUUUGACAGUGAUAUUGAGGAAAAAGGUGUUAUUAUGAAGCAAAUAAGAACAUAUGUGAAGAAUUUGAUUGAUACAAAUGAAGUUAUGAGAAACAGCAUCGACGAACUUGCUUCAUGGAAACACGAUGUAUCCAAGCAGUUGGACAAUAUAAUAAGGGAUAAUGCCGCCCUCAGAGUGGAGAUUGAAAAGAUUGGAGUGGAUGAGAUGCAUAUGCAGAAUAAGGAAAUGGUGAUCUUCUUCAUAUGUACAGUAUUUGGGGGAUUAGGGUUUUCGAUGGUCAUAAUGGAUUGUAUAUUUAGAAUUGGAAGUAAAUCAUCAUCAUCCAGGAAUUUUUGUUGCUUUGGCUCUUCAUCCUGGGUAUUUUUAUUGCUGAGUUGUGUUAUCAUUGUCAUUAUCUUAUCUUUAUAAUUAUGUGGUAAUUACU